CCUCUAAUUUAUUUGCAGUUAAGUCAGUUACAGUUUGCAGUUUAUUUUAUUUUAAUGAUUAAUAUUUUUAAUAGUGAUGAGGAACGGUUGUAAACCUUUAGUGGGGUUUAAGUAAUGUUAGAUACACUCACAUUAAGGAAUGUUCAUCCCUAUGUUAUACAUGGUGGCUAACACCUAAUUCUUUCCUGGACUUCAAUAAUUUACUCAGUAAUUUUACCAUGGAGGACAGUACAUUCAACCUCAUAACAGGCCUUUGUUCAGAUCUAGUCGAAGAUACAUUACAUUGCUGCGCAAAUAAGGAGGUCAUAAUAAAAAGCCUGAGAUCAAAGGCAUUUGAAAUAGUACUUAACGUCAGAAAUACAGAAACAGAAGAUGAAUUGGAAGGAAGUCCACAACUACUUCUCGCCAAUAUUCUGGAUCAUGUUUACAGCAAAGCAAAAGCCAAGGGACAGUGGACUGAGCUCAUGUUUGAACACGUUGAUCAUGUAUUGGACAGAGCGGAAACAUUAGCCGAGGCCAACCCAUCAUUUGUAUCAGUGCUGAAGUUUCUUAUACAUCUAGCAAAUACUGUCCCUACAUCAGGAACCAUACCUCACCAGAAACACUUACAUGGUGCGGAAAUGAAAAUAUCCAUCACCGACCACAGUUUCAAGCAUGAACCUCUAAUUGAUUCUGAUCGUCCAUUUAGCCCUACAAUCUUUAAGGUGCCCUCUGCAGCAAGGAGUGAAACUAUUCAUGAUCUACAAGCAUUCGCUGAAUCUCCUGGGACAGGGUUAAAACAUGAACAGUUUUUCAAUUCUUCUAUAAAUGCAUUAAGUAUGAAGUCAAGGAGAUUCGAAGAAGAUAUUAACAAUGGAAACUGGUUUAAUUCUAAGAUAAAUAACAUGAACAUACCAGUAGACAGCUCUGCCACCAACCCAAGGUUCAGCAUGCAUCAAGAUGAAGGAUAUGUAACCCCAGAUCAAGAUUUAAUUGAAAAUGAAGAUCUCGCUUAUAUUCCAUGGGAAGAUAUGGUUGAUGACUUUAAUUUGGUCUACGGAUGGAAGAAUUUUGGUUCUGUAGCGACAGCAAAAGAACCUCAAUUUGUUCUUGAAAGAAGAGAUUCAGUAAACCAGAUUGGCAGGGUAAUCCAUGCCUCAUGUGUUGUAUCAUCAAGGUCUGCCAAAUCUAAUACAACUACAUUAACAACUGUGAGUCUUCAAGAGUUAGAAGUGGCAUUCAAGAACCUCUUGGUUGGCGUUGAAUCCAGCAUAUUCCUGUAUGAUAAGGAUAGAAAAUCAUUUGUUUUACAAAAGGGGUUGUGUUUGAAAGAAUUAAUCCCAGAUACAUUGGAAGAAUAUUGUGAGGAUUUUAUUGAAUGCGGAAAUAAUUUCAGACAGCUCAGUAAAGUCACUGAAUUAUCAAGAAAGUAUGGUCUGGUUUUUCAGGUACUAUGCAACAACAUAAGACAGUACCUACGUUGCUACCGAGGAGUCGUUUUGGAAAUGACAACUUCACAAAGUCUACUGGAGACUCGUGAUUGGCUACACCGACUCUCCUCUCAGAUGCAAUUCUUGAUAAGUCUUUGUCCCCUUAAGAAGGCUAAAGAGGAGAAGAAGACUAAGGAUAUUCUCGUUUACUUAUGUGACAAAAUGCCAGUUCUUUACAGACAGGAUCUUUCCUUUGUUUACCACUACAUCCUACAAUCAUGCUUUACCGUCUAUUUUACGUUUUUGAGCAAGUGGAUAUUUGAAGGGGUGUCUGAUAGCUUGUGGAGCGAUGAGUUCUUUAUCAGGAGUAACCCUCUUACCGAAGACAUGUACAACAGAACAUUCUGGUCUAAGGGGUUUGUUCUAGAUCAUGAAUUAGUACCCAACUGUCUGAAAGGGCUGGAGACUAAAUUGUUGCUUUGUGGAAAAUCUAUGGCUCUGUUAAAACUUUGUGCAAUUGAAGAUCCCAUCUGUAAGCUAGUGAAAAGACAUCGCCCAGAAAUAGUUUGCUGCUUUAACAGUGUUGACUUAGCAAAGGUGGAAGAAACAUUUGAUUCUUACAAAGGAAGCUAUAAAUCUCACUGCCUACAACUGUAUGGUAACACGACACCGGAGUCUCAUGACGAACAGUACUAUGCAGACCGAAUGGCCAAAACUCUUGAUGAAAUCAAAGGACGUCAAGAAGAAGAGAGACGUUUAAAGGCUGAGAAAAAACACAUUCAAUUUAAUAUUUUGAAGAAAGAAAUGGAGGAUGCCCAGGCACGUAAAAUUGAGGAAAAGAGAAUAACAAUAGAAAAAGAGAAAAAGCUAAUGGAGGAGGCAAAAGAAAUUGAUGAAAUGGAUGACUUGAGAAGACAGGAGGAACGGGAGAAAAUAAUGCAGUACUAUAACUCACUAUCUGAAGCUGCAGACCGAAGACGAGACAGAGCAGAGUGGAAAAUAAAACGAGCUGAGCUCCACCAUAAGAGGUGUGCAUAUUGGAAGAAUGAGAUGGAAUGUUUAGAGAAAAAUAUCACACUUGAGCAGCACAGAAAAGAUACUAAACUUGUACUUUCUGAACAGUCUCUGGAGAAAUAUUUGAAGACCUACGAUAUAACACAAGGAAGUGGUGAUUAUAUUCCUGUUGAAGAAACAUCCUUGAAAGAAGCGAGUAGUUCUACCUUAGAGUAUGAAAAGAAAGAGGAUGAGAAAGAGAUGGAAGAAGUUGGAGGGGGUGAAAACAACAGAGUAGAACUAGAUGACAGUACUAGAGAUGGAGGAGGUGACGAUAAGAGAGAAUGGUUGAUAGCACUGGAUGUUGCUGAACAGGCAAGGCAGUCUGCUUUGAUAUUCAAACAAAGAAACAUGCAUAAUGACUAUAACAUUAUAACAGGGGUGGAAUCUACAUUUGAAAGUAGAUUUAAACAUAAACAUGAAGAUACCCAAGAACCUGAAGAAAAAACUACAUCUUUGCACUCCUUACCUGAGGAUUCUGGGAACUUGUCACAAACACAAAUUAGUGACUUAACCAGCAAAAUCAAUGAUGAUGAAAGUAAUAAGGAGGAUAAAGACACACUUGAGGAUAAACUUUUGCAGACAUCACUGAACCAAAUAAGUGACUUUACCAGCGAAAACAAUGUUGAUGGAAGCAAUAAGGACAUAUUAGAGGAUAAAUCGUUGAUGUCUCCAAAAAAUACCUCAGACAAAUUUGAAACCUCUGUAAAUAAGUCUGUAAAAUCCAUGAAGCAAUCACUUGAGAUGUCUUCUCCUUCAGAUACUGAAUCUCUUGUUCAAGAGAUUGACAUGACCUCUGUCUAUCAAAACGUCCAGAGAUCUGUGGUUAUACCUUUAAUGGCACAACUGGAACUGACUAGUGAUGCAAUUGUGAGACUGUAUAACCAACAUAACUUGUUAAGACAUAUAGAGUGUAUUUGGAAGUACUUUUUCUUGCUAGAAGGAGAAUUUGCUCGCAAUCUCACUAAAAACUUAUUCAAAGAAACUCAAAGUUCCCAACAUCCUUCGUACUUAUUGAAUGUAAUGAAACUCAAUUCAAUUCUUCGGUGUGCUGUUGGGAACAACAUAGAUGAAGAGUAUACGGAGAGGUUAUCAUUUUAUGUGAAGGAAGUUCCAACAGUAUUUCGAACCCUUGAUCCUGGAAUGCUCGAUUGCCUAUCCCUGAGAUACAAAACUCAUUGGCCCAUAAACAUCAUAAUUACUGAUGAAAUAAUUGCAAAGAAGGAUCAAAUAUUCAAACAUUUGUUAAAACUUCACCGAAUGUCAUGGGCGUUGGAAGAAACAAUUUACAUUAUGAAGGAUAAGAAAUUGUCUUGUAGCGAGGAGUACAGAAAGAUCCAACUCUACCGCCAUAUCAUGUCACACUUCAUCUCAGCUGUCAAACAGUAUCUAACAGCUGUAGUUGUUGAGAAAAUGUGGUAUGAGUUCAAAAAUAAGUUCCAAACUGCUACAACUGUAGACAUGAUGUAUGAGCUUUAUCAAUAUUACAUCAGAAGUGUCAAUUCAAAGUGUCUGCUAGGGAAAGCACGAGUGCACACUGAGCAGUUGUUCAACAAUUUAUUCAAAGAAGUCCUCAUCUUCUACGAGGCUCUUCGGAGCGGCGAGUGGAUUCAAGAAACUUGUAACAACAACUUUCGACAUUCAAAUUUCUCCCGGCUCAACCAUGCUUAUGAUAACUUCAAGAAAAUAGCAGACCAUUUAGUGUAUUUGUUCAAGAAAAUGUCCAACUCAUUUCCUAACAUUGAGCAAUUGGUCACGACUCUAACACUCAAUGACUUUUACAAGAUGAAAGAAAAGGAACACAAUCAGUAGAGUGCAAACUAAGUUUCUAGUCAAGACUAAUUUGAUUUUGAUUUAGUCGAUACCCCAAUGUAAUAUUUUUGCAAUAUAAUAUAGGAUAAUAUUUGUAUCAAUAGUUAGAAACCUUUGCUAUAUUUUGUUACCAUUUUUGCUAUUUCUAAUUCGAAAAUUGAGAUGUACAGCAAUUCUUCUUUUCUAAUUGUAUUACUUUUAAAAACACUUUGUAUAUAUAAACAGUACCAUUCACUUUAAAAGACCUUUUAUCAAUUUCUUUUAAAAAUCGAUUUCACAUCCUAUACGUUUCCAAAUCAGUUACAAUAAGAUUUUCUGUGAGGAAAAGCUUUAGGCUAUAACCCCAGCUGGCAACCGAUAAAUAGUGUAGGUCUGUUAAGGUAUAUACUUGCCAAGCUAAUUAAAUGUAAAUGAUUUCUGUAAUAAAAAAUGUUUUAGAUGUAUUUAUAUUGUAGUUCAGUUUAUUAAGUGUGUAAUAUAACUGUUGAUCUCUGUUUUUAUCAUUACAAUUUGAAUUUUUAAC